AUGCCUCCCCUCUCAGCUGCGAUGUUGCCUCCGUCCAAUCUGCCGCCGGUUUACCCACCUCCGAGUCCUCCCACGGCUCGUUCGAGUGGCGUGCCUGGUCCGACUCCCACUGCAGAUCAUCCCCAAUACCAUCCACCGGCCUUUCUCGAACCUGCGCCUCUCCCUUCGCCGAAUCCACUGCACCCGACGCUGGCGGGCACAAGAAGUAGAGAAUUCGCCCGUCUUGCACCAGACCUCAGCCGGCAGAGCUGGCGAUCCUGCUUUACUGACGAGGCGAACAAAAUUCUAGGUCAUACCGCCUUCGAGCCAUCGUCUGUUGGUACCGCCUCCCGGCCAACCGGGGUUCAGAAUGGAUUCUCGCUUGGCUCCAUCUCAGCGCCGUCCAGUGCCCAGGUCCGAGUCGCCCAGCUCGAGGCGGAAGUAGCCCGUCUGGAGGCUCGACUGCAGGAGGCCACUUCGGGCGGUCCCGACUUUCCUCCGCCGUUGUCAGGCCUCGAUCUGCCCGGCCUCGGUCGAAGCGCCGCAGCACAGCCGGCCUGGUCGGACGAGACGAGGACCUCGUCUCUGGACCGACUGCGAGUGGAGCUGCAGUUCCAGCGCAAUCUGGCGGACCGAGAGUCCUUUCGACGACAGGCCGACAACGAGGUGAGCCUCGCCGGGUCAAAGGUCAGCGCUGGUUGGCUGUCACGGCAAGCCAACCCUUUCGCGAGCGCCACAGCCCUCAUGACGACCCUAACUCUAGCCUCGAUCACUUGGAAUUUUUCUAAAUGCGAAGGAGUAGACCUCGAAAUGCCACUUCAUUUCGCAUUGCCCCGAUCUACCGAAACCUUCUCUCCGCCAAAAGGUAUCAAAUUGAGGUUCUGCGAAUCUGGUGAUGUCGUUGCUUGUGAUGGCGAAUACAUGUUCGCCUGA